AUGAAUAGCAUAACUAGAAGCGACAGCAACAGCAGCAACGAUGCUCUUUGCACGGAAGCUCGCUUUCAUAGAAUAUGGAGUAAAUGGAAGCGACGAAUACCUGCCUUGAAAAAGGUAGAAGAAACCUAUCUGAGAGUACCACCCCGACUGCGAAUCGCCUUUAUCACAGUCUGGCUUUUGUGGAAAGUAUGCACAUUGAUUUUCUUUCUCUACUUGCUCUUCAAUAUGCACCUACACCUGACUGGUUCAGGUUCCGAUUCCGUCUCAUCAAUUGGUGAAUCAACGCUUUCCGUCGAUUACGAGGAUUCCAUAACUACCACACGAGUCUUGUACAUUAUCACGACACUUUCCGAAUUCAACAAUGGCCUGAGAAGGACCAUCAAGGGACAAGAUCGAUUGGUAGAAAUAUUGAUUCCGGUGAUGGUCAAUGGAGUCGAAUCCAUGAUUGUUCCGCCCUUCCAUUACCAAGUGGACGUCUUUUUGAUAUGUGCCUACGAAUUGCAACCAGAACGAGAACAACUGAUACGGGACAGUCUUCCGCCAAAUGUUGGAUUCCAAGUUUGGGACGAUGCGGUGCCACUGGGAUACGACAAUCGAAAUUCCAAAGAGAAACUGAUACCCAACACACGAGCUCUGGCCCGACAGCAUCGAUAUGUCAUCAAGGACAAGUUCUUUCAUUAUGACAUGUUUUUGGCGUUUGAGGAUGAUAUGGUCAUCAAGGCCGACCAUAUCGACCAUUUCAUGGCCAUGUCGGCGGAAUUAGAUCGACUCCGGGAAUCCGCACCGAUGGAACUACCAGAUGUUCCAGAAACCUUGGACGAACCAACGAAAAUGAAAUUCUUUGGAGAAAUGACCAAGGGUCAAUUGGAUCGAGCCGUACCUGGUUUCAUUCGAGUGGAAGUUCUCUUGAAUGAUACGGUGCAUAGUGGUCAACGUAAGCCUUUGCCCAUACCGCCAGACUUUGAAUUUGAAGACCAUGCUGGCGGUGGCGGGGGCGAAAGGCAUAUAGAGCCAGAAAUCUGUUGUCAUGUCAACAUGCCCACAAGUCCACGAACGCCUCCAUCUCCUCCAGCUGACGAUAUCAUUAUAUGGGAAUCUAAUGUCAAGGCAUUUACACUGAGGGAACUUCCACCAGCUUCCAACUACGUCAAUUGGACUGUCGUGAUGCUUGGUCCUGGCAAGAAGGAGAAAGAGGAAGAAAAGAUUGGUGGCUAUUGGAGUGGAAGACAGGGGGCCUUUGGAGACGAAAAGAGACCUUCUGGAGGACCACCCGAUCUGAUUGCACAACAAGGUGGGUGGAUGGCAACACAAACGCAAAUUGCACGAAUGAACGAUGGACUUUGCAUGGGGUCGUUUCUACCGCCCUUUGAUCCGCCUUCCUACUACGGUGAUGGUCAGGAGUCCAUGAAUGUGGAGUUUUGGUCCGGCAGCUAUCAAUUCUUUACGGGGGUAAAGUCAGGGUGCAAUAUGCAACGGCUAAUGAGCAUACACCCGGACCACUUUUCCAAACACCUCAUAUAUCAUGUUGCAAACAAUAAGCAGAGGCAACUCGCGCAGGAACGCAUGGUUCGGGCAGACAAUCUGUUUGCACAACUCAAUAGCGUUCAAAAGAUGGCACAAGCAGAGAAAGAAAAGAUACUACUGGAACAUUCACAAUAG